AUGAAAUUUCAAAAUAUUCUCAACGCCGGCCUCCUCUCGGUAUUACCGUCGUCGUCUUCGUUCCAAGAACCUCCCUACACAGCCAGCAACCUCCCCUUCACCAUCACGCCGUCAACACCAGAGAAAACGGCCAAAUACACUGCGCCGGUGUUCCCCAUCGCACCCUUCGCUAAGUACUUGCACAACCCGAUUUUGAGGCCCAACCCGGCGGCGAACUGGGAGUCAGCGUACCUGUACAACCCGACGGCGAUUGUGCUCAACGAGACCGUGUUCCUGCUGUACCGGGCGCAGAACGCGUCCAAGACGUCGUCGAUCGGGCUGGCCUGGUCGAGCGACGGCGUCAGCUUCACCCGCCUCGACCGCCCCGUCGUCUACGCGACCGAGCCGUGGGAACACCUCGGCGGGACCGAGGAUCCGCGCAUCGUCCGCGUGAACGGCACCUUCUACCUGACUUACACGGCGUACGAUGGCGUGACGGCACGGCUCUGUCUCGCCACGUCCACGGACCUGUUGCACUGGCAAAAGUACCCGCCCCUGUUCCCCUCGUACCGGGACGUGGCGUACUCGGAUAUCGACGUACCGUCGCCGCGCAUCGAUUGGUCCAAAUCCGGCGCCAUUGUCAGCGAACCGACCCCAGACGGCCUGUACCACAUGUACUUUGGGGACAGCUUCUUCUACCACGCCACAUCGCGGGACCUCUUGAACUGGACCGCGCUGCCCGCCGACCAACACUUCGCAGGCCCAGUCAACCCGUGGGAAAACGGGCUGAUCGAACCCGGACCACCGCCCGUCAAGACGCGGGAUGGGAAAUGGCUGCUGAUAUACAACGGCAUGACGACAGGGCGUGUGGGGUACCCGCAGAAGCAGUACUCGGUGGGCCAGAUGCUCAUCGACCCCUCGGGCUCGUUUCGGCCGACGCUGAAUGUGAGCGAUGGCGCGUACCAGCCCGCACUGAGGGAUGGGCCCGUCGCAAGGCUCGAAAGGCCGAUCUUGGUGCCCGAGGCUGACAACGAGCAAAAGGGCCAGGUGGACCAGGUGGUAUUUGCCGAGGGGCUGGUGCAAUUCAAGGGCAAGUGGCUCCUUUACUUUGGGCAGGGAGACAGUGAGUUGGGUGUGGCUAUCGCAGAUCAGCAACCGUGA